AUGGUUUGUUUGUUUGUUUUUUUUGUUUUCGUUUUGAUAUUUUAAUAAUACUAAAGACUAUUUUAUUUUUAGGCAGAUCAAGAAAUUUCAGCGUAUGCUUAUGAAAAAUCACUUAGAUUAGCUGAACGUAUUAAAUUACUUAAAGAUUUGAAAUUAGGUGAUAAAGAUCUCCAACUUCAAGUAGGUCAUUAA